UCUCAACAAGGAAGGAAAACUCUUUCUUCAUCAUUCAUCCAUCAAAAUCAAAUCAAAUCCAGAAAUUCUCCAUUUCUCUCAUCGAUCUCCCUGAGAUUCAAGAGCCAUGACCACCGCCGCCGCCGAUCUUCUCCACCUCCCGCCGGAACUCAAAUUCUCACUGGAGCUCAAUAAACAGACUUCUUGUUUAAUGACCCUAACCAACAAAACCGAUCAGCACGUAGCUUUCAAGGUUAAAACAACAAGUCCAAAGAAUUACUGUGUUCGACCCAACAAUGGCCUUGUUUUACCAGGCUCUUCAUGCAGUGUAACUGUUACAAUGCAAGCACAAAAGGAAUUACCUUCGGAGUAUAUGCAAUGCAAAGACAAGUUUCUUGUUCAAAGUGUUCUUGUUCCGAACGAAGUUGCAGCUAAAACAGAUGACACUGUCAAUUUUUUUGAAAAGGCAGAUGGUAAGGUUUUCGGGGAUUAUAAAUUGAGGGUUGUUUACUUGCCGCCUACUACUAUUGAAGAAGGGUUGUCGCCAAAAGUGAAUAGGAACAAAGCUUCAUUUUCCGAUACUGAUGGAAAUGCUUCGUCUUCUCAGGCAUUUUCUUUGAUGUCGAGACUGACUGACGAGAAAGCAGAUGCUAUUCUAGAAAAUCAGAAGCUUCGACGGGAAUUGGAUCUGAUGAGAAUCGAGAUUGGCAAGAAGAAUGGGGGCAGUGGCUUCUCGAUGUUGCUCGUGGUUUUGUUCGGUCUGAUAGGUGUUUUGGUUGGUUAUAUUUUAAACCGCCGAUCAUAGAAAAACUAGAAUCCUUAUCUAGUUAUUGGCCUUUUUAAGGUUUAGUUUUUCAUAGUAUAGACAUAUAUGACAAGUGAUGAUCAAUAUCAUUGUAAUCAAAAGACUUAAAAACUCAAGAAGCUUAUUACCUAAUCAUUCAUGUCUUAUUUUAGUUGUUUUAAAGUUCUCA